UAUUCAACUAUCAUAAGUUUGGACAUACAUGAAAGCUUUAAGUGUAAGUAAACUUAGAGUUUUACACUGCUGUAACCUUGACCUUUGUCCUCGUGAUAAAAAAAGCUAUCUAUAUAGGUGCCUUAUUUUCAUAAUCAAUUACCUUUCUAUAAAAUAUGAAACAUUAAAUUUGCUGAAAACUUUUUUGAGAUAUCAAAUUAAAUGACAGUGAUGAUGGGGAAACAGAUAAACAGACAUCCAUAAAUUAUAGGAGUCCUCUUUCAAGAAAAUCAAUAACAACUACCUUUUUGAAGAACAUGAAAGCUGUCUGUUGUAACCCUUUCAGGAUUUGUGUUACAUUUGAAUGAAAAAAGUGUAUUGAACUUGGGAUUGAAGGUUCAAUGUGACCCAGUGGCCAGCCAACAGGGCUCUGUAACACCAAGACACAUAUCCGACCGACUCACGACUAGUAAAAGGUUGCAUUGUCCGGCAUAUGGUUUAUAUUGAGUCAGGGUAGCCCAGCUGGUCGUGUUCAAAUAUCAUGUUUAACUAUAAAACCAACAUAUAUACAACUGAAAUUUCUAUGAUAGCAUUAAAGGGACUGGUUCAUGAUCCCCCCCCCCCCCAAAAAAAAAUUCAUUUUCUAUGCUAAACAUUAAAAACAUAAUUCAUUUAAUGCUAACGACCACCAUUUUGUCCUUCUGAAUGCAACAAUAAAACUAAUAUUCUAGCCUAAACACUGUACGUGUUAUGUAACGAAAGACUAGAGUCUUUUUAUGUUUUUACAAACAAACCAGUGAAAUUUUAAUUUUGUAAUACAAAGCAUCUAAAGUUUGAACAGUUAUAAAUUCAGCUUUUUGAUGACACAUUUUACCUUAGAAUACUUGAAAUGAGAUAGAUAUAAUAAACUUAGAUUGAUAUCCAUUUCAUUUGAAAACUUCAUAAAUAAUAACAUAUACUGCAAUCUUUGUUCACAAAAAAAAAAAAAAAAAAAAAAAAAUUCUAAAAUGAGCUUGUGAUUGUAUAACCUUAAUUUUUUGUGAAACCUAAUUAAACACAUUAGACAGUAGAUUGUGAUCAUUAAAAUUGAAAAACAAACUUUGGGAGAAAAUCUUGAUUCAGUCCCUUUAAUGUUCACCUUUUAAUCUGCAGUACUAAUCGUGUUUCACUGAAAUUCAUUUUCAAUAUAUCUCGAUGUUCUACCCAGAGUUAUCCUUCCUAUCGUGCUCUCUAAUGUACUAUACCCUCUGGUAGCAUACUUUACGAAAACAUCGUUGGUAACCCAUGGCCGGUCUCACCAUCUCUUACCUCCUGUGGGACACAACGAUGAAAAAUGCACUCAGACGAACUAUGCGUUCUGAUUGGUAAGAGAGGCCAACACCAUUUGUGGGUUAAUACUAAUGAUGUUUGUCAACUAUGCAGCAUAUUUUUAGUUAACAAGUUUGGAUUUAAUAUAUCAGCUUUCUUUCCAAUCGAAUAUAAUGAAAUUUGUAGAAUAAAUACUAGCUGAUACAUCAGUUUUUACAUCUAUCAUUUUUUGUUAAUUCCAGAUUUUGAUCUGUUUACACUGAUGAACUUUAAUAGACCAAAUUUGGCUUCUAUGGCAGAGGCAAAAGGGAAUUAAGAUAAGGGUAUUUGAAAUAUAUGAAAAGGCACAGCAUGUUUAAAUACAGGAUCGCAAUGAAGACUUUUUUAUGAUAUUUUGUGUAAUCUUGGAUGAAUAAAGGCUAUUAUUACACAAAAGAGAAAUAAAAUGUGCAACAAUCAGAACGAAUACAGCAUACGAGUCAUUUUUAUAUAAUAGACCUCAAAUUUCAUUCUUUAGAAAUACAUUCUUAUAAUGUUGAUGAUAGAAUAAUUAUUUUAUGUAUACAUCUACAAGUAGUAUGCUAUUUAUUGAGAGAGAAAUACAUGUAAUAUAAAAGAUGUCAGGUCUAGUGAUGUUGAGGUCAGGUCUGGUGAUGUUGAGGUCAGGUCUAGUGAUGUUAGGGUCAGGUCUAGUGAUGUUAAAGUUAGGUCUAGUGAUGUUGAAGUUAGGUCUAGUGAUGUUGAAGUCAGGUCUGGUGAUGUUGAGGUCAGGUCUAGUGAUGUUAGGGUCAGGUCUAGUGAUGUUAAAGUUAGGUCUAGUGAUGUUGAAGUCAGGUCUAGUGAUGUUAGGGUCAGGUCUAGUGACAUUGAAGUCAGGUCUAGUGAUGUUAGGGUCAGGUCUAGUGAUGUUAAAGUUAGGUCUAGUGAUGUUGAAGUCAGGUCUAGUGAUGUUAGGGUCAGGUCUAGUGAUGUUAAAGUUAGGUCUAGUGAUGUUGAAGUCAGGUCUAGUGAUGUUAGGGUCAGGUCUAGUGAUGUUAAAGUUAGGUCUAGUGAUGUUGAAGUCAGGUCUAGUGAUGUUAGGGUCAGGUCUAGUGAUGUUAAAUUUAGGUCUAGUGAUGUUGAAGUCAGGUCUAGUGAUGUUGAAGUUAGGUCUAGUGAUGUUGAAGUCAGGUCUAGUGAUGUUGAAGUUAGGUCUAGUGAUGUUGAAGUUAGGUCUAGUGAUGUUGAAGUUAGGUCUAGUGAUGUUAAAGUUAGGUCUAGUGAUGUUGAAGUUAGGUCUAGUGAUGUUGAAGUUAGGUCUAGUGAUGUUGAAGUCAGGUCUAGUGAUGUUAGGGUCAGGUCUAGUGACAUUGAAGUCAGGUCUAGUGAUGUUAGGGUCAGGUCUAGUGAUGUUAAAGUUAGGUCUAGUGAUGUUGAAGUCAGGUCUAGUGAUGUUAGGGUCAGGUCUAGUGAUGUUAAAGUUAGGUCUAGUGAUGUUGAAGUCAGGUCUAGUGAUGUUAGGGUCAGGUCUAGUGAUGUUGAAGUUAGGUCUAGUGAUGUUGAAGUCAGGUCUAGUAAAACUUUUAGCUACUGGUCCGACUGGUCUAGUUCUUUUUAAAGUUGAACCCUGCCCAAUCAGAUUAAAAUCAGAUUGAUCUACUCCGGUGUGUAGUGAUAUAAUAUUACCAGAGUGGAUUAAUCAGAUUGAAUGUGACCUUGACCUUUGACAUCAUGACCCCGAAUCGGGGAAAUAUCUUGCUUUAAUGUUCAAAUACCUUUGUGUAAAAUUUGACUGCUUUAUGUUAAAUGCAUCACAACAAAGGUGAUAAAUUUAUACAUAUUAUGCCUUUGAUACAUACUUACUUCAAUGUUAAACUGAUUAAUUGUUAGUUUAAGUAUAAUUAGAAGUUUUGAAAAAUCUGUUGAUGAAUCAUUUUCAUAUGCUGACGUAGUCAUCCAUGAAAAAAUACAGUCGACAUGGAUUAACUACCUAAAAAAGAGUGUGCAUGCAUUGCUGAAGCAUUUUGUUUGUAACAGCGUAGAUUUGAUCUACUAUUUAUAAGGAUCUUGCCGGUUAUUACAUGGUUUUGCUCCCAGGGAGUGACAACAACAACAAAAAUCAAUUUCUCACAUAUAAAUCACAUUACUAUCAGAAUCAGCUUAUCCAGAAUUAGUCUGGAAACUUCUGGGGAUUCCAAUAACGAUGAAACCAUAAAACUUUAUAACAACUAUCGUGGGACCAGGGCUCCAUCUUCUACAUUACUGAGAUCUACAAUAAUUGUCUGCAGAGAGUAUACAGACAGUUGCAUGCAAUGGAAUUAUAGCAAUGGUAACUUAAAUAUUCCUGUAUACAUACAAGAAAAAUUAAUAAGAGGUCCGUGGGCCACAGUGCUCACCUAAGUUAGCCUUCUAAUACAUAAUUAAGUGCUACUACUACAAAUCCCUCAUGGUCUGAACAACCUUGACUCUACUACAUAAGGACACUUACAUAUUGAUUUGACAAACUGUAACCUUGUUAUUCUUAUAAAGAAUAUUUUUGUUUCCACAAGUCUGAUUUUCAUUGUAUAAGGCAGCUUCCAUGUAAAUAUUUUGCUUUUCUGGUCUUGUAGUUCUUUAAAGAGGAUUUUCUUUUUUAAAAACUUAACUGCCACUUUAUUUUCACUGACUCUUCACAAUUACUCCCCUAUGGAAGGGGAAUUACUAUUCCCUUGAAUAAACUUGAAACCCCUUCACGUAAAAAUAAUUUGCGUCAAGAUUGGUUGAAAUAGUUCUGAAGAAGUAAAAAAAUUUAAAAGCAAUCGACUCCAGGGUUUUAUCCAGCUUUUAUAUCUAAAAGGAUUUUUUUUAGAAUGCAGUCAGGAGCUUCAAGGGGAUGGGGUGGGUUGGAGGGAUCCACAAAUUAUAAUAUCUCAAAACAGGCAUAUAAUUUGAUUGAUUACUCAUUAUCAUCUAUAUUGUAAGACUGACAAUUAUAAAAAAAAAAAUGAUUCGGAAUAUUUAACAAGAGUACCACAAAUGAUACGCCUGUUAGACCUUCAGUGCAAUAUC